UUUUAUUUUAGUUUAUAAUAAAAAUAAUUUCACUUUUAAAAAUUGUAAUAGUAAAAUUAAUUUUAUUAUUAAUAAAACAAUUUAAUUUUCUCAUAUGUGUAUGCUUCUGUUAAAAUUUUCAUAUAAAUACGCACACACACACACACACACACACACACACACACACACACACACAUUUAACUGCAAAUCACAUUGGGUUUUGUUUUUAAGAACUCAUUAACUGAUUGAUGAUAAAAAUAUUAUUGAGAACAGGUUGAACUGACUAUAGCAACUACACUUUUUAAUGACAACAAAACAUCAUCAACAUCAUUAACUUAUACAUCAGCAAACAACUAUAACAUCAACGUAGACAACUAUACAAAUAUAUGAACAACAGCAUAAAAACAACCUAAACGAUUUGAAAAUGAAUCCACACCAACCAAAUUAUUUGCCACAUCAACAACAACAACCCAUAUUUUUGGCUCCACAGCAUGAUCAACAAUUACUACAACAUCAACUUUCCCAUCAGCAACAGCUGCAAGAACAACAACUUCAACAGCUUCAGCAACAGCUUCAACAGCAACAACUGCAGCAGCUUCAACAGCAGCAACAAUUUCAACUACAACAACAACAAAAGCAGUUGCAGCUAUUAGUAAACGAUAGCGAACAAAAUAACAUUCAAAUGCCUGCUCACACGCAUGUAACGCCAUCGCCUUUAAGCAAGUCCCACCACAGACACAGUCACCAUCGCCACGAGCCACCGCACCAACCACAACAGCCACGACAUUUGGAAGAGUUUCAUCCACAAACACAUUUAGAACUUCAAAUGAUCCAGCCGGAACAACAGUCAUCUCAACAGCAGCAACAACAGCAACUACUUCAGCAGCAGGAACACUUGCAACAUCAUCCCCACCAAUCAAGAUCCGUGCGUGGAAAGUCACCGGUUGUUUUCAAACAACAGCAGAUUCAAGAACAACAACAACAACAACAACCGCAACUACAUAAUUAUCAACACCCUCAACAAAAUGAACAACGAAAUGCUUACCCAGACGAACAAAAUGAACCGCCUCAACAACAACUGCAACAUAAAAAUGUUGAACAACAUCAACAACAACAUCAGCUGCAGCAGCAGCAACAAUCUACUCAAGAGCAACAACAAAAUUUAGAAAGUGACCACGACAAAGUAGAAGUCAUUGUAGACGCGAGCAUAGAACCAGAAGCCAUCGCCGGUCAACACCAGCUGCAGCAGCAGCAACAGCAACAACACAACAAAAGUAUCAAACAACACGCACCUACCCUGACGACAGAAUCAUUGCCACAAAACCAACAAAUCGUCUCACCGUUACUUCAGCCACUCCUCAGGAAACCAACGAAAAAACUCCGCAGAGACAAAGCGCACGAGUUACUGCGGAAAAGAAUUUUGGUAGGAACCCUCGUUGCCAUGAUGGUCGCGACGAUUCUGUGGCUUGUGGCCUUUAGUAUUAACUACUGGGCUAGUUGGGAAUUCCCAGACGGCGUCAUGUCGGCCAAUAAGAAUGUGAUUCGUGGACAGCACGCUGGCCUGUGGAAGAUGUGCCGGGAGGAAGUAGUUCCUUCAACCAAUGAAAAACUUUCUUCUUGCAUAUUCAUGAAGCAAUUUCCGACGUCUGAUGAACUGAUAAGAAACCAGAAGCUAUACGAUGCAACCGUCAUAAACUACAGACGGUCGUGCACCGCCAUCGGUGUGAUCGGUGUGUUAGUGAUGGUAUUAUCGAUCAUCUCUACCUACUACUCCACCAUAGAACCGAGAUACAUUUAUAAGAGAUUGGCCGGUUCUUUGCUACUUGGAAGUGCGGCCUGCAUCUUAGUAUGUGUAGAGAUAAUCCAGGGCUCGCUGGAGUACGAGCGCAAGUACCUCCCUCACAUGUACCCACCUAAAUCCAAGCACAGGUUCGGCUUCUGCUUUGGAGUCGCCUGGUUCCUCAUCAUCUGUUUCCUGGUCUUCAGCCUCAUCCUAUUCUUCUUCUCCCGCAAGCAGAAGGAUAAGUUGGUUGAUGAUAGGCCGGUUAUCAUUGGCCGGAUUUGAAAGGGUGAGGUUGUUUUACCUUUAAGAGAGCUUGGUAGGGUUUUUAAAUUCGGGCUCUGAAGUUUGAUACAAAUCGAAGUUUAUUUUAUUCUGUAACUUGAUGAAAUUUAUUGAAUGUUUAAUUUAUUUAUAUAAUAAACACAGCUAAAAUAAUCAAUUUAAUUCAAUUUUCAUCUAUCUAUCCUUUUAACUUUUAUUUUGCAUUGUUCACACAGCAAAGCUAUAUAUCUUAACCUCUCUUUUUUUUCAAGUUUUAAUAGCGUGAAUCUUUCUACAUUUGUUUGCAUAAAUGUACGUGUGUAUGAGCAUGCGUGUGUGUAUGUGUGAAUGUAUAUGUGGAUGUGUGUAUGCGUGUGUGUGGAUGUGUGUGUGUAUGCGCGUGUGUGUGUGGAUGUGUGUGCGAGCGUGUUUUUACGCUAUUUUCCAUGAAGAGUGUCUCAUUUCAAGAGAAACAAAUCAACACCCAAAUUUCUCUCUCGCCAUAUUUAUAUUCUCAUCACGUAUAAUUGUUCGACAUACAUCAUACGUAUGUCAUACAUACAUGUACAUUACACACACACGCUAACAAAACACACUUAUAUAUAUAUAUAUAUAUAUAUAUACAUAUAUAUACAUACAAACAAACAAACACACUUACAUAAAUAUACAUAUUUUAACGGUCUUUAUGUGAUCUCAAGAUUAAUUUUCUCGAAUUUUUUUUCUUUCUUUUUCAUUUCGUUUGCAGUGUAAAAUAUAAAUAAAUAGAUGGAUGAGUAAACAAAUGAAUGAAUGAAUGCGUGAAUGAAUGAAUGAAUGAAUGAAUGAAUGAAUGAAUGAAUGAAUGAAUGAAUGAAUGAAUGAAUGAAUGAACAUAAAAAGCAUUUUUUCAAUAAAAAUUUUAUUUAAAAAUCUCUCUUAUCAAAUAAAACACAUAA